AUGAAAUUCUUAUUUGUUUUAGCUUUAAUUUUUGCUGUUUGCAGCGCUAACUUACAACAAGAUGUUGAUAGACUUGUUGAUUACAGUGACUUAUAUUUAAAUUUAACUUUACCAUCAAAAUCUAUUUGUAGCUCUGCUGCUUCAAAAGCUUCACACUAUGCUUCAUGUGGUUGCCCAUACGUUUGGGGUGGUACAUCAUGUGGUUGUGGUGGUAGUGGUGGUAUGGAUUGCAGUGGUAUUGUUUACACUUCAUUCCGUGAAGCUGGUUGGUCAGGUAUUACCAGAGUUACUACUACUCAAUUCCAACAAGGUGUAAAAUGCUCAUCUUGUUCACCAUCAAACCCAGGUGCUUGUCAACCAGGUGACCUCAUUUUCUACUGUUUCAGUGGUUCAAACUGUCCAGAUCACGUAACCAUGGCCAUCGGUGGUAGCAAAGCUGUUGAAUGCCCAGAACCAGGUCAGGAUUGUCACAUCAUCACCCCAUAUGCCGAAAACUACUACGGUUGUAGAUCAAUGUGUUAA